AUGUUGGAGAAGGAAAAGAUAGAGUCCAUCGAGGACCAGCUCGAGACCGCCGCCUCAGAUGAGAACAAUGAGCUCAUUCAAUAUGACGACAAGGAGACAAAGGCCAUUCUUCGAAAGGUCGACUGGCGAUUGAUUCCAAUGUUGACCGUCCUCUAUGUGCUGUCCUUCAUUGAUAGAAGCAACAUCGGUAAUGCCAAAGUCGCUGGGAUGAACACGGAUUUGGGUCUUACGGGCAGUCAAUACAAUAUCGCUAACAUGUUUCUCAAGGUCGUCCGGCCUUCCAUCUGGAUUGGCGCCAUGAUGCUCGUCUGGGGCACAGUCAUGACUCUAAUGGGAAUUGUCAAGGAUUUCCAUGGUUUUGCUGGUGCUCGAGCUGCUCUCGGGGCCGCCGAAGCUGGCUUCUUCCCGGCCAGUACAUAUCUUCUGACCACCUGGUACAAGCGUCUAGAGCUUCAAGGUCGCAUGGCUGUCUUCUAUAGUGCUGCUUCCAUGUCUGGUGCCUUCUCCGGUCUUCUGGCGUUUGGGCUGCAGCAGAUGGAUGGUAUUGCCAAUCUUGCUGGCUGGCGGUGGAUCUUCAUCAUCGAGGGUAUUGCUACCGUUGUCGUGGGCGCCACUUGCUUCUUCCUUAUGCCAGACAGCCCUGAAACAGCAACCUUCCUUAAACCUGAAGAGCGAAAGUUUCUCUGCCACCGACUGCGACACGACGCCGGUACUAAGAGCGGGAAAGUCGAUCUCCAGGAUAAGUUUCACUGGCCUACCAUCGUCGCCGCCUUUACCGAUUGGAAGAUCUGGCUCGCAGUUAUCAUCUACUGGGGCAGCACUAUUUCCAUCUACGAUUUCGCCUACACUGCUCCUAGUGUCAUCUUUGGUCUCGGUUACUCUGCCGCCAACGCUCAGCUACUCACCAUUCCCAUCUACGCCCUUGGUGUGAUUGGAACCCCGCUCAUUGCCUUCUACACCGACAAGCACCGGACCUGUUGGCCCUUCAUCGUCGGUCCCUACUACAUCUCCGCCAUCGGCUUCCUCGGUCUCCUCUCUAUCCCUCACCCCAGUCUGCCCGGCCUCACCUAUGCCUUCCUCUUCUGCAUCCCGGUUGGUGUCUACCCUCCUCUCAUUGGCCUCGUUUCUUGGGUGGGUAACAACCUGACUCCAUCAUGGAAGCGAGCCGUUGGUAUGGCUCUUCUCAUCUGCAUGGGUAACUUUGGUAGUGCCAUCGGUUCCAACAUCUAUCUAGAGAAUCAGAAGCCGAACUACUGGCUCGGGUUCGGGUUCGGUCUGGGCAUUUCGGUCGCUGCUAUCAUUGCCACUGUUGUGCUCAAGUUUGAGUAUCAGCGUCUUAACCGUCGCAAGGAGGCUGAGGGCACCGAGGAGGAGGUUCGUGCCAAGUAUGGUGACGAGGAGUUGACCCAGGUGGGAGACAAGAGCCCUCUCUUAAAGUAUAUUGUCUAA